AUCACCUACAGCAACAUGAAGCUGGACAGCACACAAGGAGACAUGAGCACGUGGAGGGAGAUGGACUUUGCCCUCAACUGCACCUACAUUGUGCCUGACCAGGUGUCGGACCCUAGCUUCAGCCUGCCCAAAGCCAUGACCUCCAUCCCACGCAACCUCACCUUUGAGUACAGCGCAGACAAUGAGGUAACAGGCGUUUUCAGCAAAGAAUACAUCCCUCAGGGGACUCGCUUUGGCCCCCUGCAAGGAGACAUCUACACCAAAGAUAAUGUUCCCAAACAGGCCAACAGGAAAUACUUCUGGAGGAUUUACAACGGUGGGGAGCUUCAAAAUUUCAUUGAUGGCUAUAAUGUCCAUAGGAGCAACUGGAUGCGUUACGUCAACCCGGGUCGCUCUGUGGCUGAGCAGAACCUGGUGGCGUGCCAGAACAGCGGGGAUAUCUACUUCUACACCAUCCGACCAGUGGAGCCCAAUCAGGAGCUGCUGGUGUGGUACAGCCAAGAAUUUGCCCAGAGACUCUGCAGCCAUCAGGCUGACAUCAAACAGAAAUACAUAAGUUCUGAUGAAGACCACGAGCUGGAGUACAGCAAACAGCACCUACCUCAGCAGCCAUGGAUGAAACAAAGAACAAAGGAAGAGGUGAAAGAAGAGAGGGAUGAAGACGGAGAGGAGAAGAUAGAUGUGGAGAUGUUGGAGAGAGACACCCCACCUGACACUCCUGACGACCAGAUCAUGGACUUCAGCAAAAAGGUUGAGAGGGAGGAGAAGAGCGAUAGAGAUACAGAAGAUAGUGGAAUCAUUCCUUCCCCUCAGCCUGAGCACAGAAAGUCCAGCCUGAGCUUUAAUCACCCAUACUUACCAGAUCACCAUUCCGCCCCUCCAUCUCAGCACCGAAAUCUCCCUCUUCACCUCCACGGCCUCUAUAGACACAGGGAGGGCCUGGUUUCAUCUUAUCCCCUUUGUCUGCAGUCCAGACCCAUCCCGUCCACCUACCAGCUCCUUCCUCCCUACAGCCCACACUAUCCUCACCUCCCCCUACCCUUAUACUCCCCUCCGUUUCCUGGCAUGCUGUCACCAAGGGAAACCCUCCGAUACCUGGGCACAAACGGACAUCCACACUCACCCUUCAGCCAGCCUGGUCUAGUUCCAGUGCCCAUCCCUUACCCUCCAUCACCACAGGGGGGUCUGAAAGAGCUAACACCAAAUGUGUCCCCACCACGAGGUGCCCCAGCCACCCCAGAGCUCUCCCCUCUCCCCAAGCCCAGCAGUCCACAUCAGUCUCCUGAGCAGACUCCAUCUGGUUACGAGGAAGCCAUGAAUCUAAGCGUGGCUACAACCAAAAGCAGCACAGCACCACGCAAUGGCCCUGGCCACAAAUCCCUGCCCUACCCUCUGAAGAAGCAGAAUGGAAAGAUCAAAUAUGAAUGUAAUAUCUGCUCAAAGACUUUUGGACAGCUGUCAAACCUCAAGGUCCACCUCCGAGUGCACAGCGGUGAAAGACCCUUCCAGUGUAACCUAUGUAAAAAGAGUUUCACUCAGCUGGCCCACCUCCAGAAACAUCACCUGGUCCACACGGGGGAGAAGCCACAUGAAUGUCAGGUGUGUCACAAACGCUUCAGUAGCACCAGCAACUUGAAAACACACCUGCGCCUCCACUCUGGGGAAAAACCUUACCAGUGCAAGCUGUGCAGCACCAAGUUCACCCAGUACAUUCACCUGAAACUGCACCGCCGCCUCCACAGCAGCCGUGACCGUCCCUACCACUGCCAGUUCUGCGCCCAGGCUUUCUUCCACCGCUUCUCCCUCCGCAUCCACCAGCGCAGCUGCUGCCUGACUAACUCCAGCGCUCCUGUAAAUGUACACAUGAAAGAGAUGGUGGAGCGGUUUGACGCCAGCCAAGAGGCUGACACGCUCACGGAGAUGGCAACAGCACCGCAGGUGGAGGAAGCUGUAGAGCGCUGGUUGGCUCGUACCUUGGAAGGCGAGGGGAAGGAGGACCAGAAGGAGGCCACCAUACUGCUGAAAGCUCUUACAGCUGCUAUUAAUGCACCAUCAAUGUUCAUGGCCCAAUCAGCUACACCUACAUCACACCACAGCCCCCCUUUGGCCUAUCAGGAGAGGGCCAGUGUUGUUCGUCUUCACAAGCCGACAGUGAAGACAGAAAAACACUGAGAGGCAAAUGAGAAAGGACAUGCAGCGUUACCUUCAGCAUAUGGACAGAUGUCGCCAAAUAAACCUCCCGAAAUGGUCCGUGAAGGACAGAACAGGGAAUAGGAACUUCCGUAAUCCAAUGAGCGCAGCACCAAAAGAAGAGCAUCCCAAAGACUGAGGGAAUUCAGUGAUUGUACUUCCUCCUAAAGUAAAAAAAAAAAAAAAAAAAAAAA